GUUGGCACGUUUGCAGAGAAUUUAAUUUGUUGUUGAUAUCUGGCGGAGAAUCGCUUGAGUGUUUAGUAAUUCAAGAUGUUUCUUUACAUUUUAAGCUGGAUUUCCAUGAUCUUCCACGUUCUCUUCUUGACUCUUGCAUUAGCUGCUGCUCUUUUUUACCUUGCGGAACUUGUGGAGGAAUACACAGUACUAACAGCUAAAGUUAUUAAGGGUAUGGUCGCGGGGACAACUCUGGUUUACCUAGGACUUCUUGUGCUAGAAAGUUUUCCUCUCUUAAUAAUAAUUGCAGGACUCUUUACCAAUGGACUUUAUUUCCUGCUUCUUAAAGAUUUUCCAUUUAUUCAGCUGACAUCUCCAGUGUUUUUAGGGGGAGUGGCGAUGGUUUUUGUCAAUCACUACUUGGCAUUUGACCACUUCUCCUCUGUAUGGUAUCCAUUUUCCGAGAUUCUAGCUUACUUCACAAUCUGUUUAUGGGUUCUACCAUUUGCAUUCUUUGUUUCCUUAUCCGCAAGUGAAAAUGUAUUACCAACAGCGUCCACAGUUCCAGAGGAUACAACAGAACCAAGCUAUUCUUAUGCUGGCCAGAGAUCAAGUCGCAGACAUGGAAUCCUUGCAUUUUUUAAUUUUUUGUCGAAGAAAACGGAGGGUUAUCUACCAACAAGGACAAAAACAUAUUAAGAGCUGAGAGAAGAUUAUGGUGGACAUAUGUGAGAAAAAUGAUGUAUUAUUACAGUGUAUAUUGAAGUCUUUUAGGUCCCUGUUAUUAAACUACUUUUCUAUGGUACUUUUACCAAAUGUGUUUUCAAAUCAUGGUAUUUUGUUCCCCAAUUAAUCUAUAUAAUGUUGUUGAAAUGUUACCUGUAGAUAGAGAGGAAACAGUUGGUAAACAGUAUAAUUGUGUUGAAUUUAAAGCAUUCAUUGGUUUUGGCAUGUUUUGAACCAGCUAGAAUGAAGAUUCCUUGGGUUUCUGAUAUUUCUCAAAUGCAAGUCAAAGAGAAAGGGAAAAUCAGAAAUCGAACUGAUUUGAAAUGAUUUUAAUUCAAAUAAACUAUGAAACACUUUUCUGGAGGGAUCUGAUUGUGCAUGAAACAUUUCUAAAGGGUGUAAGAGUAUCAGAAAUUUUGUUUUCUGCUUGCAAAUUUAACAUCUCCAAUUUGUAUAUUGUUAUUUACCUGUAGCUAUUAGAUUUGCAGAACAUCAAUUUUUCCUUUUAAAACUAUGUGAGGCUUUCAGCAGCUAAAUAUGAGUGGCAGUUUUAUUAUUAACUGGUGAUGCCUUUUCAUUAACUUUUCCUCAAUUAUUAGACUGACUUAAUUAUUUUGACACAACUAAAUCAUUGUGUUAAUCUUUUGAUAACUAUUUAUGGACUUCUUGUCUGAGCCUGCAGCUUAUGUUUGCACAAAUGUGGAAUAUUAUUUCAACUGAAUGACAUCAGUCUACUCUGGCAUAUCCCUUUAAUUCCCAAUAUCUGAUUGUUAAUUCUCCCCUCUAGCCACUGCCCAUUUCUUUGUAAAUUAGUUAUGAGAACUUGGUGCUAAAUCAAGAUAGCAGCCUCUACCUAAUAAGUUCAAGUAUUCUCAUUAGCUGUUUGCUGAAAAAUAUAUGGAUGUUAUAGGGAGAGGUUUCAUGUUGAUCACUUCUGGGAGUUAAAGGGUUAACCCCAAGAAGUGAUUAUUGACAUGUAACUUCUCCUAAUAUUAACCAUAGAUUAUCCAGCAAACAGGUAAUGAGAAUACUCAAACAAAUCAGCUAGAAGUUGUUGUUUUGAUCUUAUACUAAAUUCUUGGAAGGGGAGAAUUUUAAGGAUUCAACAUCAAGUGAAGUUUCUGUUGUCAGUGUAUUCCUUUUUUAUCCUUUUAUUGUGUUUGAGUGGUUGCAGAUAUUGUGUUUGUCUGAAGUGUAUAUCUCCGUCAAAGGCUAUUGUAGAACUAUUUGACUAGACAGAAGAAGUUUUAAAGUGCAGAUCAAGAAUAAAUUAACAAUUAUUCACAGAAGUGGAGUUGAAUAGCUUGGUGGAUAUUUGCUGAGCUGCAAGUGGCGAGGUAGAUAUAUAGAUGUUCUACCUUCACCAACACUGGGUGAAUAAUUGUGUUAGUACAUGUAUAUACCACACAGAACCCAAAAAUAUUAGAUUAUUUUCAACAAUAUACCAAAAAAUGGUAGGAAAUUAAAUUGUUGACUCAUGAUUUUGUCUCUUCGGCUGCCCAGAGGUGAAUGGCACUCACUAAUCAUUUCUGAAACAAACCAGCCAAUUACUGGACACAAACAGAGCAAUUAAUCUGUGUGGUAUAAAUUAUUUAUUUAAUAACAUAUAUUCACUAAAGUGGAGGUGAACCACUUUUUGAGCUGAAUAUUUUUUUUUUUAGUAAAGACCACACAGAAACCAAAGAAUUUGUACAUUUCUGUUAAAAUACUGAGAAAUUAGCACAAAAUUGAACUCUCGAUGAGCAAUUUAUCUCUUUGAUGGCUUGUAGGUGUGUGUUACUUGCCAAUGACUUCUGAAGUAGCCCAUCAGUGUGUCCAAGAAGGACAUUUUACCUGUUUGGUAUAUACUGCCAAUACUAAGCAUUUAUUUUAAUUAUCAUUUAAGGAAAAUUAAGGAUCAUAAUAACUAUAUAAUUUGAUUAAUUUUAACCUUUUCAAGCAGGAAUAACUAAAAAAGACAAUUUCACUAUAAAAUGCUAAUACAUUUUCAAGCAGGAAUUGGUGAGCAGGGAGACAAUUAUAAAAAGGGGAUAUUCUUUGGAUGUUAUGAAAUACUCAUCAGUGAGAGUAUUUUUGAUAAUGGAUAACUGUUUUUGGAUCUUGGAGUGGAAGGGUUGAAUUCUUCACAUCCUAACUCUUUGCACCCCAACAUCAGAAUGCAUAUUCUCCACACUGUUCCCCAUAUAUUUUGUGCUGAUAAGGAAGGAGACUUAGUUUAACAAUCAAGAGCUUCUUAAGAUGUUGGUCAUUUCUUUGAUUCCUUUAUACACCUAGUGUGUGAUUCAGGAGUGAUAUUAUAAGGUAAAAUUAAAUGCUU